UAAAUGUAACGAAAAGAGAAAAAUCUACAUUAUUAGCUAUAUAUAUUAUAUAUGUGUAAAGGCGUUCGACAAAGUUGCCGUGGGAAAGAAAUCCAUAUUUUCUCAACCACGCGUAUAUACGCUUGUGAGCAUUCAAAAAAAUUAUUACGAAAAAUCGUCGUCGAAAAGUAUGCGAUAUUAUUUGUCUCCUUCGCAUACAGGUUAGAGGUAGACGAUAUUUUACUAUACUUAUUGAUCUUACGCGAGAAUUUCUGAAGACACUCUUUCUCACGUUUUGUAUAGGGAUAUAUUAUAUAUACAGUAGUCCAUUUACACAUAUAUACAUUUGUAUACGGUCUUGCAAGGAUUCUCUUUAUGCGAAUUUUUUUUUUCCAUUAUGUGGAAAUGAACAAUUCAAUACGCGCACGUCGUAGUCUCGUCGGCCGGUGUUUGUUGGAGUUGGACAUGGCCAAAUCGUCGAUCGGAAGCGUCGAUAUACAUAUAUACACGCAUAUUAUAAUAAUAUAUAUAUUAUAUUGUUAUCGUAGUUCGUGGGUGGAGUGCGAGUGCCUUUUCAGCAGUGCGUUUUGUUCGCUAAACCCUUUUCGCGUGCACCCGUUCUGGCCCGAAAACCGGAGCAGAUGUGUCACCCCGACACUUGCAGAUGUCUUGAAGACACCUCACCGUCGGGUUGCAAACAACAUCUUAUAUAGCACCCGCAAAAUCGAUAUCGUGGCGAAACAGAAUAAAAGGGUUUUUAAGCACAUACAUAUAUAUAGUGUCGGGCGAACCUCUUUUCGGGUCGUUGUACCCGUAUUAUUUUCCACAGGUCAUUAUAUUGUGAAUGUGUGUGUUCGGCGACGACUACGGCGACGACGACGAAGUGUAGGUACGGGAUAUUGUUUUUUGACCCACGGGGGUGCCUCCAAAGAAAGGGUGUGUGCGAUAUUCGUAAAAUAAUAAUAUAUUAUAAUAUGUGUGUGUGUAUAUAUAUGCGUACGAGUAGUCCGCAUCUGCCUUCCCGAACGCGGCAGAUGUCUUUUAUAGAAACCGGCACACGCGCGUCAUGACGGUAUUUUUUCUACAUAACAUAAUGAUACGUGCGCGUCUAUACCAAUGUAAUAUACAUACCGCACACCACCGUAUAACCGGUAAUUACUCUUCAUAAUAUAACACCUUUACGUUUACGUUUAUUGAAAGCGGCCCGGCGCCCAAAAGCGUUCGGUAGAUAUUCUAUAUAGCCGCGAACGGUACAUAGAAUAUUCGACGAUACCUUAUAACAAUCUAUGUAUAAUAGCAGACCACCAACCCAACGCGAUCGUCGAUUAUAAACAAACGAUAAUAUUAUACCGAGCGCAACAAGACGCGAUGAGUAGCUUUGUACGUGAAACGUUUGAUAUAAUAUUUUAUCGUCUCUGGAUCGCGGCGGCGGCGGCGGGUUACACGAAAUUUAUUGUCCCGUAAAAUCGCCGUGGACGACCGCGGCGCAUCUCCGCCGGCUAGCUGCAGUAUAACAACAUAAUAAAAUAUUAUACAAUAUAAAUAUAGAUGAUUACGGGCAGGGAGCACUACCGCCGCACAAUAGCGAUCCAUCAUGCGAAGCUCGAGUGUCCGACAUUGAUCUACUUUGAUAUAGUUUUUUAUUUUUAAGUUUAUCGGUCUCGCAGAUGCGCGCGCUAGCGCGUUAUUGUUCGCGUGAAUACUCGCCGCUCAAUGGUCGCGUGUCGGUCGGGGAAAAAAAAAUGAGAUCGAAUCAAGUUUAAGGGCAGAUGUCUGCUGGGCCACCACCAUCGCCGACGGCUGCUGCUGGUGGUAUAUAUAAGGGAUGUAAGUUAGUAGGGCAUGACGUCACCCCUAGUGCAGCAGCAUAAACGCGGACGCGGCGACGUCAGACAAAUAAUAGUAAAAUAAAAACGAAAAAAAAGAAAGGCUAAAUUCGACGGGGUCCUUAAUGAAACGGCUCGCGUAAGGGGUGUGCGGUGCAGAAAGCCCCGCCGAGAGUUGUAUGUACGUAUAUAAUAUACAGGCGAACUAGUCGUGGCGCGCGUCACACACAAAAGAACCCAACACAAUAUUUCUUCUCCCUCGUCCCGUGAUUUCGGGAGGGUUCCCCAAAACUGGUCUCGUCACCCUCCUCUCCGUCCUCCAAGAUGGAAAUUUGCAACUUUUAAGCGCUCGUAUAUACAUGCGUGUUGGGGUCCGUCUGUCGACUUAUAUAUAUAUAUUAUAUAUAUACAUAUACAUAAAUAGUCAAGCAUUCAAGAGUUGCAGCUGCCCCGACGUGCGUGUGUCAUUCCCCCCAAAACGCGUCUACUAUAUAUUUACUACUAUACUAAUACUUUACUACUAAUAAUACUACUACUACGUACCUACUAAAUUUCUGCGGCACUCAUUGCAUAAAAACCAUAAUAUUCAUUUACGCUGGGUAGGUAUUAUACAUAUUUUUUAUUAGAUAUAUAAUAUAUACAUGCGAUGACGUCGGCUCACCGAAAUCCUGCAGACGUGGAGUAAUGAGGUGGUAAGAAGGGGGAGGGUUAAAAACUAGUACUUUUCACAGUAUCCACGGCAUAGACUUCUCAUUUUACUGCGAAUAUGCUUUUAUUAUAGAUAUUAUUACAUAUUAGACACUCAGAAUAUAAUAUAAUAUAUAUAUAUGUAGACUGGAGUACAUGAUGACAUUUAAUCAGUGGCGUGGUGACUGCAGCGUUGUAAUAUUUAUUGUUUGGGCGAAACGUUCUUCAUUUUUAGUGCUUGCCCACCUCUGCACUGUUCGAAAAUUUAUAAUGUGUAAUUUAAUACGUUGUAUAUAUUUUAACACUUAGGUAUUUAACGACUUAACUUUCUCACCAUGAUGAUUACAAUUCUAAGUUUUUAUCAGGAUAUUUUAAGAGAUUUCAAUUCGAUUUGCCCCCUAAAAAUGGUAUGACAUAAAGCGAUCUUACUGGGUCUCGAAAAUACGACAAUUGUAGAGAUGUGACGUCGGGUUGGUGCAGUAACGCGUUGUAAUGUACAUACUAUUAUGUACAUUGUAAAUUCAUCUGGCUAAUAUGCCAGUGAAGGAAAUCAGAGUCGGGUGAGACGACCCGACGGAGAGGAUAGAGCGUUAAACGAAAGUUUCCGCGUUCUGUGAUUGAUUGUUUCAACGCGCCGAGCGUUUAUCACCGUACGCAUAUUAAUAUAAUAAUAAUAAUAAUAAUAAUAACAACUACGUACGUAUAUUUAAGAACGGUUAGCGGCGCGCGCGCGCGCCCGCGUAAUGAGGAAAUGACAAGGAAACGGCGUACGUAUAUAGUGGCGACCCCGAGUCGGGGUCCUGUGUGAUAUCGCUUAGACCUGCUCUCUAUGCAUAUACCUAUAUAUGUAUUUGACGACGAUAGUAAUAAUCGAAAAUAAUAUGUGUGCGUGUGUAUAUGGGAAAAAGAUGAGGACCGGACAGAGCUAGUUGACGACCGCGGUGACAAAAACUAUACGGCGCGCGCGCGACUUGCAAGCGCACAUAAUAAUAAUAUUUUAUUAGCAUAUAUUAUUACAUGUUGACGACACGUCGCAGUGUUAUAUGCAGGCUACUUCUGUUUGUGUGUGGUUUAUUAUAGAGAAACGAAAACGCCAGACACACAGCACACUACGCGUAUAAAUGUAGGCGAUAUUAUAUGUGUCGAUCGCCACUGCGGUUCGCGGGGGAGACGGAACAUCUCGACGAUCGUCGUUUAGCGGAAGUGAUCCGGUUGAUGCGCGAAGGAAGGGGACCGCCAAUCGGAGCCGGCUAUGUCAUCUGAGGAGGACGGCGGCAACCACGGAACGACGGCGGUGGCGGGGGGCGCAGAGUGUUUCGUCGGCGGCGGCGGCAUCGGUGGUGGGGGUGAUCCGUUGGACGGUUCGGCCGACAAACUGUUGAAGAACAAGGCGAAGCGGAGCAGACAGCGCGUGGAUGCCGGCGAGCCGCGUAACAGCUACUCGUCUAUACCGAAUUUCAGUUCUCGACCGAUCGUGUCCUCGGCACCACUGCUCAAUCAGGCUGCUAGCUUCUACGGAGCAUUUUUCGGCCAAGGCCACCAGCAGUACUUUUUCAACCAGGGCUUCGCGCCCGGUAAAAUGCUAAACGAGUUCAUCGGCCGUCAAGUCAAAGAAGAAAUGGUGACCAUGGAUUCGUCCGAUUGUUUGACACAACCGCUACCCGGUCUGCCCGGUUCGCCGGCCGCCGGGCCCAACAGCGAGUUGGCCCAUCACAAUAUGCUCCGCGACAUACUGCAGGGCAGAAAAAAGGAGCUGCUCGCACUGGAACAGGAGUUCCGAAAUUCCGACGACCCGUCGUCGCCGGACAACAGUAUUAUGAACAACAACAACAAUAUCAACAGCAAUAAGAACGACAUCAGUGGCGCGGACGAGUGCGCUGCCACCAACGCCGCCAAAAAUUUGGUCGCCGCGGACAUCGUCGACAACUGCAGUGGCAAGCCUGUCGAUCCAUCCGAGGUAAGCGCAGUGAACAAUUUUAUUAACAACAACAAUAACAAUAACGCGGUGACCAAUGAUCACGACGCGGACGACAUGAACGACGGUACCGAUUCCGAGAGGUCUCUGGGCUCGCCCGUGUCCGACACUAAAGAAAUCGCGACCGAAGAGCACAGCAAAGACUUCGAGGUGAAAGUCGAACAAAACGAGUUGAAAAAAGCUAGGGUUGAAAAUAUCGUUUCCACGAUGAGGUCCAGCCCUUCGUUGCCGGUCCAGGUCAACGGCUGCAAAAAACGCAAGUUGUACCACCCGCAACAGCACGACAACAGCGAGCGGUACAACACGAUGGACGUGGACGACGAUGACAACGACGACGACGACGAAGAUCUUAGUCCUAAUGAACUUAGACAGAAAAUGGACGAGAAAAACGUAUUGAAGGACCAACUGCGCACCAUGCAGGAACAGUUGGCGGAAAUGCAACACAAGUACGUGCAGCUGUGCACCAGAAUGGACAACGACGACGAGCCCGAGGACGGCAGCGACGCCGAACAGGAACAAACCGAAAUGUCGGCGGCAAGGCAGAGUCCACCGAUUGCCCCGAAAUGCACUACGCCGCUGCCGAUGAUGCCCUCGUCGGCUCAACAGAUCAACCCAAACUACUCGAAAAUGGUCAAAUUUCUGCCGCAGACGCACAUGCCCAUACACCCGUCAUUCAACGGGGCGCUGACAUUGCUCCAGCAGCAAGUGCUCCAAGAACAGCACAACACUCACAGCCAGCACCACGCCAUCAACAACGCAGCGGCCAUGUACCUGCAAGGAGUUGGUCACAAACUGUUCAUGGAACAGGAAGCGAGGCUAGCCAAGGAAGCCGCGAUCGCGGCCGAACAGCAACUACAUCAACAACAGCAGCAACAACAACAACAACUUCAACAGCAACAACAACAACAUCAACAACAGCAACAGCAACUACAGCAACAGCAACAGCAGCAACAGCAGCAGCAGCAACAGCAACAACAGCAACACCACCAUCAACAUCACGUCAACCACCAGAUGAACGUGCCAGCACCUAUGCACCCGCAGAAAGCCGCCUCGGCCGAGACGCCCGAAAAGAUUGCUGCGGUGCCCGGGUCCGGCCGUCAGCCACCCACCACGCCACCAUUCCCGGACCUCGACCUGUUGGCGGAAGCACUCAAGUCUGAGAUAUCCACCACGCUGACCGGGCUUAUCGACACGAUCAUGGCCAAGUUCACGCAGCAACAGCAACAACAGCAACAACAGCGCAAAUCGUCCAAGUCGGCCGACGCAGCGGACAUGCAGCUGAUGACCAAAGACGUCGACCGCAAGUCACCCCGGACCAAAGUCAUCGACCGCGGAAGCCACGGUGCCGACCGUAACUCCGGUUUGGUCAACGGCCUAUCGAAGAUGAUGAACGGCGUUGGCAGCGCUGGUUACGGUAGCGCGAGCCAGGUGCCGGUGACAGGAGGCGGUAACGGCGUGACGAUCGGCGGAGGCGGUAACGGUCUGCUGCAGAUGCCCAGCAAUGGACCAGCCGAGAUGAGAAACGGUCUGGUCAACACGACAUGCGGCGCCGGCGCCGGCCUGUACAACGGCGCGGACGCUGUCGCGGCUGCCGCAGCGCUCGGGCACGUCCGGGGCGCCCAAAUGUUUGCGCCAAAAUUGCACGGCUCGGCGGGCCUUAGCAACGCGGCAGCAGCGGCUGCCCUAUACUCGUCCAUGAGCGGGCUGCCGUCUCACCUGAACCCGUUCUGCAUGGAACGCGAACCGGCACCCGAACAGAACGAGGCGCUCAGCCUGGUUGUGAUACCCAAAAAGAAACGACACAAGGUGACCGACACCCGGAUCACCCCUCGCGCCAUAAACCGCAUACUCACCCAGGACUCGGCGAACAACAACAACAGCAGCAGCAGCAGCAACAACAACAACAACAACACCAACAGUAACAGUAAUAGCGGCGGAAAUCCUAUGCAAUCGUUGGACGGAAGGGCGCAGCAACCGGUCGGCGGCGCGCAGGCCAUGCAGCAGUCCGCUGCAGUUAUGCAACCCGCGGCCGGCGACUCACCCCCUCCGCCGCCGCCGUCCCAACAGCGGCCGUUCCACCAGCAGCAACAGCAAUCACCGUCGAUCGCGCCAGCCGCACCUCAGCCGCCGCCGCCGCCCCCGAUGCCCUUGCUGCCGGUGUCGCUGCCCACAUCGGUGGCCAUACCCAACCCCAGUCUGCACGAGUCACAAGUGUUCAGCCCUUACAGCCCGUUCUACACCAGCCAACACCAGGGCGUGCCGCACCACAUCCCGUCGUCCAGCCCACCCGGAAUGUCCGACUCGCCGCCACCACCGCCGCCGCAGCACCACCACGGGUCGCUGCUCCACCCCGCCUUGCUAGCCGCCGCGCAGCACCACAACUCGUCACCGGACCUGAUGAGCAUGAAAGCCCGGAUGGACAUGUCCAUGGGCAACGGCGGUAACGACAGCGUCGACCGCAUAUCCGAGUGCAAUUCCGGAGACGGACCGUACGACGGCAUGUCGCCUAUAUCGUCAACCCUGACUCCGAUGCACUUGCGAAAAGCCAAGCUGAUGUUCUUCUGGGUCCGGUACCCCAGCUCGGCCAUCCUGAAGAUGUACUUCCCCGACAUCAAGUUCAACAAGAACAACACCGCACAACUAGUCAAGUGGUUCUCAAACUUCAGAGAGUUCUAUUACAUUCAGAUGGAAAAAUACGCACGGCAAGCCGUUAGCGAGGGUUUGCAGAGAUCUGAGGACAUACACGUCAACAAGGACAGCGAGAUCUACAGGGUCCUCAACUUGCACUACAACCGCAACAACCACAUUGAGGUAUGCCUCUGCCAGCACCACAAAAACGAGUGUAUAUAUUGCGGUAUACCUGAACCGGCACCUAGCAAUUUCGAGUAUGUGGUCCAGCAGACGUUACGCGAAUUUUUCGUGGCCAUCCAGAACGGAAAGGACACGGAACAAUCGUGGAAAAAGUCUAUAUACAAGGUCAUCUCUCGCAUGGACGACACCGUGCCGGAGUACUUCAGGUCUCCGAACUUCCUCGAACAGCUCGAAUAAACGGUAUAUAAUUAUGUAUACAUCAUAUAUAUAUGUACGCAUAAUAUAUAUAAUACCUACUACAUUAUAUACACGCAUUCGACAUCGCGUCUGUAAACUGUGCUUUUUUUAAAAAAAAUUUAAUUAUUAUUAUUAUCGUUUUCAAUGAGAAAAACGAAAACAAAAACGAAAGCUCAAAACAUUGAGUUUUUGUGAUGGGUUAUAUUAUAAUAUUCUAUAUAUGCAUUGUUGUGUACAGUCAUUUUGAAAACAAAUUUUAUAACAUUCAUUAUGUUUUACUUUUUGGUUUCC